CUCUAUAUAAACAGAAGACGCUGACCUAGUUCACGUCAAUCACAUUGAAAGAGUUUGUUUCUUGCAGAUUGAGUACCAUGAAGAUUGUCUUAUUAAUUUCCGUCAUUAGUGUUAUUUCAUUCGUCUCGUGCACUCAAGACAGUGUUCCGAUAUGUCUGCCUUAUUUAUUGCAAAGCUUUUUCGUUCGUUUUGAGACCAGUGACUACGGAGUUCAAGCCUGGAAUUUCGUGACCAACAUGGCGGCUAAAUACACAAUUAGCAAAAAUAUUCGAAGAGUUUACAAUCUGACAGAACAUGUAGCCUAUGACAUUGACUUAAAGACAGGAAGCUGUGAAAAGGUUCCCAUGAAGCAAAGCGAAGUUAUUGCCCGUUGCUUGCCUUCCUCUGCCAGACAGUACAGCCCAAACGACUCGUUCGUUGGCUACGGACAAUAUUCCCUGCCCAUGCAAGCCUUUGAAGUGGAUCUAGCUGAGGGAGGCCUGGCCAGAGUGGCGUUCACAGUCUCAGAACCUGCUUUCAUUUUGGCCUCUCAGUUGACAGGUUUUAGCUCUGAAAGAAUCGAAAGUUAUUUCUAUUUUGACUCCUCCAUGACUGCCAGUCCAGAUUUUUUCGUACUUCCGCCAUCAUGUCCUUGACUUUGAUGGUUUCCAGUUUUUUUUAAUAUCUGUUAACAUUUUGAAUGCUCUUCAAGUUUGUUUGUUUUUACUAGGUUUUUAAAUUGUGUCUCCUGUCUUUCUCUCUCUCCCUCUCUAUUUAUCUCUCUCUCCUCCCCCCUCUCUGUCUCUCUCCCUCCCUCUCUCUAUCGCUCUUUCUUUACAAAUUUUACUCUCUUUAUUUGCAUGUAUAACUUACAUAUGUAUGAUACAGUUAAUGUUUAUGUACCUAUGUGUGUUUGGUAUUUAUAGAAUUCAUAAAUUUUGAUUAAAAUUAGGUCGUAGUAUAUGUUACAAACCCAAGCCCCGUCACUGACAUUGUCAAGUAUCUUCAAAAUACGUAAUUACUUCAAAUGUUGUAUUUUCUUUAAUUACUUCAAAUGUAUUUCCUUUAACUUGAAGAAUACACACAAGGCGAAACUGGGUAUUUGUGGUCAUAGAAACAUAAAUAUAAAAAGUUAUAAAUAUAAACAAAAAUAUAAAAAAAUUGUAAAGGAAGCAAUGAGUCGACUUAUCGUUUUUUUUUCUUAUCUUAUCUUAUCAUCUUAUAGACGUUACUUCAAAGUAAAGAUAGUUACGUCCAACGCCCUUCAAUGAAUUAAUCUUGCCAUACAUGUUAUCAGUGACUUAAACUCUGAUAAGUCGUUGGUUUUCCUGGAUGAUUCAGGCAACCCAUUCCAUGCUUUAACAGCGCUAGGGAUGAAUUAGAACUUGUUUGAAUUUGUCCUACCAUAUGGAAUAAGAACGUGGUCGCUAUUCUCCGUGUCCUGCUUGCAGUGAACACAUUAUUGAUCAAACUCUACUUCUAACAGAGUAAGCUCCUGGCUUGCAGUGAACACAUUAUUGAUCAAACUCUACUUCUAACAGAGUAAGCUCCUGGCUUGCAGUGAACACAUUAUUGAUCAAACUCUACUUCUAACAGAGUAAGCUCCUGGCUUGCAGUGAACACAUUAUUGAUCAAACUCUACUUCUAACAGAGUAAGCUCCUGGCUUGCAGUGAACACAUUAUUGAUCAAACUCUAUUUCUAACAGAGUAAGCUCCUGGCUUGCAGUGAACACAUUAUUGAUCAAACUCUACUUCUAACAGAGUAAGCUCCUGGCUUGCAGUGUCCCACCGAGCCAGAAUGGCUUCACCUCUCUAAUUACUACCACUUAUCUGAUUUUUUUUUGGGGGUGUCUGUGGAGUGUUAAAACGAAUCAUCGAGUGUUGCGCCGGCCCAACGAUGUAGCAGAUCUAUUAUUAAGUUAAUUCUACUCAUCUGCGUGGGGUUUUUUUUCCUUACAAAGCUUAUAUCAACUCACUUUGUCUGUCUAUCCGUCUGUCUGUUUGU